UCAUCAUAAUGCGUAAAAUAAUUUCAUUUGUCACGAUUCUGUUGGCCGUUCAGUUACAGUCAAUUUACUCCCAAGAUGGUUUUGCCACCUUAGGAGACGGAACUACAGGAGGGGCUGGCGGUGAUACAGUGUCGGUUUGUACAGAAGACGAACUACUUGCUGCAGUCGAAGAUGAUACACCUCGUAUCGUGCGAAUUGUUUGUCAUAUCGAACCGUCACAUAGAGUUCAAAUAGGAUCCAAUAAGUCCAUUCUUGGUGGCAACAGUAAUGCAUCGAUAGCCGUGCAUGGUUUCAACAUCAAUCAAAAGAAAAAUGUCAUAAUUCGCGGAAUUCGAUUCUGUUGUGCGGUGGCUCCAGACGAUCUUGUAACGAUUGAUCAGUCAACGAAUGUGUGGAUUGACCAUAAUGAGUUCUAUUCCGAUUUGGAACAUGAUAAAGAUUAUUACGAUGGAUUGUUAGACAUAAUUCGUGGUUCUGAUUUCGUGACAGUUUCUUGGAACCAAUUUCAUGAUCACUAUAAGACUAUAUUAAUUGGUUCGAGUGACAGCAGUGGUAAUACCGAUUCUGGAAAGUUCCACGUCACUAUACAUCACAAUCAUUUCUAUCGCUGUUAUUCGAGAUUACCAUCCAUUCGUUUCGGAACGGCACACAUCUACAGUAAUUACUACGAAAAUGUGCUGUCAUCGGGAAUCAAUAGCAGAAUGGGUGCAGAAGUUCUCGUUGAAUCGAAUGUAUUUGUCGAUUCAAAGCAGGCACUAACGACUAGUCAAGACAGCAUCGAAGAUGGAUAUGCUGUAGAGCGAAACAAUCGAUUCGGCCAGGCAGUCGUUAAUAUUACACAGCAUGGAACUUUUAGUAAUCCGCCCUAUCCCUACCGACUUGAUCGAUUGUCCAAGAUACCUUACAUUGUUCAACAAUUUGCUGGCGCAACAAUUGUAUUUUAAAUGAAAUAAAAUAACGGAAUAAUAAGAAAAUAA